AUGCCGCGCACCCUCCGUCCUCGCAAGUCCCAUCCAAGUUAUGCUGCCCUCGGAGGAUUCGAAGAUGAAAACGGAGCAGGCCCUUCCACGUUUAUGGAGGAUGAGGUGGCAAGCGAAGAUGAAUUCUCUCCUGAUAAGGCACCUUCGGAUGACGAGGAUGUUGAGAUGGGUGACGUUCAAGACGAGGAGGCUACACCUCGCGUCAGCAAGAGCAAGACACCAAAGCCAAAAGCACAAACCAAGAAAGUCGACAAAGCCACACCUGCUCCGAAUCCUCCCUCCAUAACGCCUUCAACCUACACCAUACAUCCUGCUCCAUCUGUACCUCGACAUGCUUCCCAAUCCCAACCACCCACCAUGCUUCCAUCAUCAGCACCCUCCGCCCGCACGCUAGCCCCGCGCACCUCCAAGAUGUACUCCCUUCCAACCCCAUCCGCGCACCACCGACACAAAGCGAUACCUCUCCACGCUCGUACACUCCCCGUUGAGCGACUUGCACAUCCCCCGCCCGCGUACGGCUUCGGGCCUGGCGAGAUCGUCCCGACGAACAGCAUGGCCGCGAGCACGACGCUCACGGACCGGAUCAAUCGUGCCUGGGGAUCGAGCGUUGGUGCGGGUCCCGUUUGGCAGAUGAUGGAGGAUCGGGGGUGGUUCAAGGAGGCUCAGAGGAAUAAUGCUGGGACGGAGGGCGUCGAGCGAGAGGCACUGAGGAGACCAAGGGUUCAUGAGGGUGUGGAAGUCGGCAAAGGAUGGCAGAUCCUGAAUGAGAGAGAUGCCGCAACAUACCUACCCUCCGCCGACCCCUCCGCUUCCGUGGAUGCCAAUGCAGACGCUACUCCGUCAACUGCUCAAGAUCCAAGAUAUCCUCCACCUCUGAAAUGUCAUUUCGGAAAGUUUGGGGAACAAAAGCUUGUUGAGGUGGGGAUGCUUGACACUUUAGACGUUUCGACGCUCAUUCCCAACAGCACCGGACAUGUCUUCAAUGCAGGCGCACCCGUCUGGGCCCUCGAUUGGUGUCCUGUUCACGUCGACCAUCGUCAUGCUAUUAACUACAAACAUUACCUCGCUAUAUCUCCCUACCCCUACGCAUCCUACUCCCCAUCCAUCGGCAGCAAGCUCACGCGACCGGCCCCAGCAUGCAUCCAGAUUUGGUCCAUCUCUCCGAGGUCUGGCAUUCUUCCUGUGCAGGAAAUCAGCAGGGAAGCCGACAAGCCAAAAGAGGUACCGAAGGAGCCGUCGUCGCCUAAGAAGCCAAAGGGCAGGCCGAAAGGUAGCGGGAAGAACCAAAGAAAGGGCAAGGAAAAGGAGACGGAGACGGAUACACAGAUUGACGCAAUGCCGGAGCCAGAGGCAGAUGUAGUGGUCAUGGAGGCAGAGCCGCAGGCUACUGCCGAGGAGGCCCCAGAAACGGGUGUCGCGCAAGAUUCUGCCAUGUCAGCCGAGAAUCCCGUCGCUGAUGUUGAUACGAGUGCAGACUCAACUUCACACUCAGCUGCAGAGAUGCGCUGCGAACUCAUUCUCUGCAUCGACGGCGGGCCUGCUCAUGACCUUCGUUGGUGUCCGCUUCCGGCGCACGAUUGCUUCAGCGAGGAUGGGGAACAGAGCCAAGAGCGAGUCGGCCCUCGCAAGCUCGGCAUCCUAGCUGCAUGCCUUGGCGAUGGCUCAUUGAGCAUUUGGGCCGUCCCGUUCCCAGACGAUGUUGUGACUCCCGAGCACGACCGCUCAAAACCAGUCUUCCUGAAGCUGGGAGAGCCGCGUAUGCGCAUUGAAAUGCCCGAGACGGCGUGCUGGUCCUUGGACUGGGCGAACAGCGAGAUGCUUGCCGUAGGGUGCACUAAUGGCUGCAUAGCGAUAUACGACGUUGGGAACGCGUUCAAACAUGGACAUGGCCCCGAUAUAUUACCCACGCACUACCUCCCGACUCAUCAGUCUGCCGUGCGUGCGCUGUCAUGGGUUCGCGUCUCGCCUUCAUCGUCGUCUGGCGAAGACGAAGGCGAGCCCAACGAUCCGACCGUGCUUGCUAGUGGUGGGUACGACGGCACCGAGGUCCUCACAGAUAUCAGGGAAGUGAAGGGAUACGUCGUCAACAGGACUAGAGACGUGAUUACAAGCUCCACGUUCUCCCCCUUUGCAUCAGGUCCCAUUAUGAUCGACCACGAUAACACCGUGAAGGCCUACGCCCUCGCGCCGAGCAUGCUCGGCCGCGGGCAUGUGCUCGUCGAGCCCGCUGGGCCAGUAUGGACUGUUAAUGCAUCAGACUAUCACCCUCAGCUCGCAGUUGGCUCCGCGGACGGGUCUUGCGUGACGACGAACAUCCUGCGGUCGACGAGACGUGGUGGGCUCGUGCCUCACUUCAAUCACAAGAUAUAUCAGCUCGACUAUAGUCGUUCAUCAGGAGAGUAUCGGAUGCUCGAGAACUUUUUGCCCAAGGAAAGCGACGAAACCACCAACAUAAGCACCGGCGCCUGGUCGCCCUCCAUCAGUGUCACGCGCGUCGCCUGGCACUCGGGUGCAGGGCUCGCUGGGGCCUGCCUCCUCGCGAGCUCUACUGCAAGUGGAUUGUGUCGCGUGGACUGGCUGGUAGGGCGGUGGCACCGCGAUCGCGUGCCUUACGUGGACGUCCCGAGGAUGAGAGGGGAGGUGGAGGGCGCGGUGGAAGUGGAGGAAGAGAGCGAUUAAACGAUGGGAGGAAGACAUCACGUCGAACCGAGGGAAGGGCACGUACAGCUGUACGUUUGGAAAGGAGAAAGUUGGUACAGAUGUCGAUUCGUCCACUGAUAGGUUUUUCUGAGGAGCUCAAGGGCUGUUCCUUGCGAUGAAUUAUUCAUCAUCGACCUAUUCAGAGACAGGCUAUUCGAGUUCAAUAAUGCUGUCCUCAUUCGCAGUGUUCCCUAUACUUGCAUACCC